CCAUUAUCUGCAAAAAGAAAUAAAAAAACUAUAUAAAAACUCAUUUCAUUCCCUUCAAAUUCCCGCAAUACAAAUACAAACACAAUUCCCAGCAUCAUCAUUCAUCACCAUGGAAAAGGCGAAUUUCAGAACCCAGAUUCUAACCAGGCACCUCCAAAAUCACGGCGUCGCCGCCGCCUCCGGCGCCGUAUCGCGCUCGCCGUGCCUCAGCUACGCGCCGCCGGAGGCCUCGGAGCGGCCGCCUUCGUUCGACGUGAGCUCGAUGCGGAAAUUGAUGGACGGCCACAAUUUGGGGGAGAGGGAUUGGCUGUUCAGCCUAAUGCUGAAGAGCAAGCUGUUCAACCCGAAAUCGAGGGGUGGGAGAGUCUUCGUGGCGCCCGAUUACAACCAGUCGAUGGAGCAGCAGCGGGAGAUGACGAUGAAGAGGAUUCAGUAUCUGCUGGAUCACGGCGUCUUCGAGGGGUGGAUGACGGCCAAGGGAUUCGAAGCUGAGAUGCGGAAGCUCGCGCUUUUGGAGGUUAUCGAGAUCUUCGAUCACUCUCUCGCGAUCAAAAUUGGCGUCCACUUCUUUUUGUGGGGUGGUGCGAUCCAGUUUUUCGGUACAAAAAGGCACCAUGAGAAGUGGCUGCGCGCCACGGAAACUUACUUGAUGAAGGGCUGCUUUGCAAUGACAGAGUUGGGACAUGGAAGUAAUGUUCGAGGCAUUGAGACGAUCACCACGUACGAUCCUAGCACCGAAGAGUUUGUCAUCAACACUCCCUGCGAAUCAGCUCAGAAGUACUGGAUCGGUGGAGCAGCUAACCACGCAACGCACACAGUGGUCUUCUCGCAGCUCAACAUCGAGGGCAAGAACGAGGGUGUCCAUGCUUUCAUCACCCAGAUCAGAGAUGCAGAUGGUAACGUCUGCCCCAAUAUUCGGAUCGCUGACUGUGGACACAAGAUUGGCUUGAAUGGUGUUGACAACGGGCGAAUAUGGUUUGAUAACGUCCGCAUACCCAGGGAAAGUAUAUUGAACUCGGUUGCUGACGUUUCUUCCGAUGGAAAAUAUCUGAGUGCGAUAAAGGAUCCCGACCAGAGGUUUGGUGCAUUCAUGGCGCCUUUGACAUCCGGACGCGUUACAAUAGCAGUCAGUGCCAUUUACAUGGCAAAGAUGAGUUUAGCUAUUGCCAUAAGAUAUUCAUUGACGAGGAGAGCAUUCUCUGUUACACCCGACGGUGCUGAAGUUCUUCUGCUCGAUUACCCUAGUCAUCAGCGCCGCCUUCUGCCUCUUCUGGCAAAAACAUAUGCUAUGAGCUUCGCUGGCAACUACUUGAAACUGCUAUACGUGCGGAGGACCCCUCAGCUGAUCAAAACGCUUCACGUAGUCUCCAGCGGAUUCAAGGCGGCACUCACGUGGCACAACAUGCGAACUCUUCAGGAGUGCCGUGAGGCGUGUGGAGGGCAAGGGUUGAAGACAGAGAACCGUAUCGGUCAGCUGAAAGGCGAAUACGACGUGCAAUCUACUUUCGAGGGCGACAACAAUGUCCUUAUGCAACAGGUUAGCAAGGCACUGUUAGCAGAGUACGUCGCGACGAAAAGGAAAAACAUACCGUUUAAAGAGUUAGGAUUGGAACACAUGAACAAAUCUUGCCCUACGAUUCCCUCUCAACUGUCAGCUUCCACAGUGCAUAGCUCCCAGUUUCAGAAUGAUAUCUUCUGUCUGAGAGAAAGAGACCUAUUAAACCGCUUUGCUGCUGAAGUCUCAAGAUACCAAGCUCAGGGAGAAAGCAAAGAGUCUGCUUUUAUCGCGAGUUAUCAGCUCGCCGAAGAUCUGGGCAGAGCCUUCACGGACCGUGCAAUCUUGCAGACUUUCAUGGAAGCUGAGAACAGUGUGACAGACGCGUCCUUGAAGAACGUGUUGAGCCUCAUGAGGUCCAUGUACGUUAUGGUGACGUUGGAUGAAGAUCCUGCGUUUCUCCGGUAUGGCUACUUAACAACGGAGAAUGCUGCGACAGUGAGGAAAGAAGUUGCAAACCUUUGCAGUGAGAUCCGGCCGCACGCGCUCGCCUUGGUUACUUCUUUCGGCAUCCCUGAUGCUUUUCUAAGCCCUAUUGCCUUCGACUGGGUUGCAGCGAAUUCUUGGUCGGCGUCUCAAGACUAGGUUAGACCUGCGAUUCACUUCCUCUGCGAUGCUUAUUGUUCGAAUCGAGACUAUAUAUAUCUGUAAAACUAUCCAUGAGACUGAAUAAAAGGAGUGUUGAAGUGUUCGAAGAUUUUAUUUUCUUAA